AUGGAAACUUUUCAGAUGCCAAAGAACAAUUUGCAACCUUGUGAUCCAACGGGCGGAGAAGCAUUUCACAGCUUUGUUUCUUAUAUAUGGUCUGAACCCUGUUUGUUCUCAUAUCUCAUACAAGCAUGCAUUUUCACAAAGUCUGUUUCUUUGGGGAAGCAGCUUCAUUCUUUGAUUAUUACUUCUGGUUGUUCUUCCGACAAGUUCGUUUCCAACCAUCUCCUCAACCUGUAUUCGAAAUUUGGGGAGCUCCGAGCUGCAGUCUUACUGUUUGAUAGAAUGCCUAGUAGAAACAUCAUAUCGUGUAACAUCAUGAUCAAAGCCCAUUUUAAAAUGGAUAGUUUUGAGAGUGCCAAGAAACUGUUUGACGAAAUGCCCGAGAAGAAUGUUGCUGCUUGGAAUGCAAUGAUCACGGGGUUGGCCAAGUUUAAAAUGAAUGAGGAGUAUUUGUUCUUGUUUUUACGGAUGAAUGAGUUGGGUUUCAUGCCGGAUGAGUACUCGUUGGGUAGUGUGCUUAGGGGAUGUGCACACCUCACAGCUUUGUUUCCAGGCCAAUAG